AAUUCUAAAUUGAUCGGAGAGCUAAACCGAAACAACAAAUACGAAAAACACAAAGCAGCACAAUGAAACACUUUUUUCAACAUAUUAAAUAUAAGUACGACAUGGACGCCUGUUACACCAUCAAACAAUACGGCAAAAACCACAAAAUACUUGCGAAACAACAACAACGGCUUAAAUUUCUACUGAAAUGUAAAGACUUUGGAAUUCUACCACCACAUCUAAAGGGAAAGACCAGCAAAAUUAUACAGGGUUUCAAACUCGACAAAACUAGGAAGGAAAUGCUAAAGAUUGAAAAACAGUUCUUAACUAAAAUUCUCAGUUUGGAGAUAAAAGAGGCUAAUAUACAAAUAAAAAUCGUUAAUGACGCCAUAAGACAAAUUAAGAAAAAAUUACGCGAAAUUCUGGAAGAUAAUGAAUACAAUUCAGUAGUCGAAACACAAAACCAAUUUCUAAAGCAUACCAAAAACAAAACAGAAGGGACUCUUAAUAGAAAACUACAAAAUUCAACUAACGAAAACUUUGAAAAAUUUGAAUUGAGACGUAAUGAGGAUUGGUUAACAAAUAACACCAAAAUCGCCAUUCCUGUCGAGUGCAGAUGGUUGCUUUCUUUGGGGAAAAAGUUCGCUCUGCCAGUUUCUAGGAAAACAUUUUCACCAUUGCAUUUAAUAGCCGACAUCGAACAAAGCAUACAAACUAUGGAGGAUAACAGAGAAAAAGAUAUGGUGAGAUGCAAAUUUGCGACCAAAGUUAACACAUUUAAAAAUAAGUUAAUAAAUAGUCCAAAAGAGAAAUCUAUACAUCAAAUUUACGAAGAAACACGACGAUUUAUCAAGCAACAUAAGGAUUCCAUAAUUAUUACGAACGCAGAUAAAGGAAAUAGGACAGUGGUGAUGUACAAGGAAGAUUAUAAAGAAAGAAUGAAAGACCUCAUCAGUGACAAGCUUACAUAUAAAACUAUUAGAACUGACCCCACCCAAAAAUUGAUGAGAAAGAAUAAUAAUAUUGUGAAUGACCUCUACAAGAAUAAAAACAUCGAUUUAAAACUGAAACAUCACUUGACAUGCACAGCAGCGACAGCACCUAGACUGUAUGGUCUACCAAAAGUCCACAAAAGAAACAUACCACUUCGACCAAUUUCAUCGUCAAUAAAUGUACCAUGCUCCGGACUAUCUAAAUACAUAGGACAAAUACUAAAAAAUAUCGUCACCGAGAAAUUUAAUAUAAGAAACUCAUUAAAUCUGAAAGAAAGUAUAAAGGAUCUGCAUAUUGAUGAUGAUGAAAUUCUCAUAUCCUUGGACGUCGUUUCCCUCUUUACAAAUAUACCCAUUCACUUUGCAAUCAACACAAUAAUGAAGCAGUGGUCGAGUCUGCAAAAACACACAAAAAUCAUAAAAAAGCAAUUUCUAACUAUAUUAGAAUUUUGUCUGAGGGAAAAUAAUUACUUUGUGUACGAUGGAACUUACUACCAGCAAGUUUAUGGUAUGCCGAUGGGUAAUCCUCUAUCGCCAACUAUAGCGGACAUAGUUUUAGACAAAAUUAUUGACGACAGCAUUAUUGAGCUAAGAUCCACUGACAUAUAUAUCAAAUACAUAACCAAAUAUGUAGAUGAUAUAUUCAACAAUAUAAUAUGAUAUAUUAUACAAUUCACUCUGGAGAAAGAAAAAGAUAACAAAUUAGCCUUCCUAGACAUAGAAAUAUAUAAAAAUAAAAACAAACUAAAAACUAAUUGGUACACCAAAGCCGUAGCAUCCUCAAGGAUGAUCAACUACCAUUCCAACCACCCAUGGACUCAAAAGAGAAACACGGCUAUAAAUUUUAUAAACAAAGUUAACUCCUUGAGUGACCAGGAGUUCAUGGAUCAGAACAAGAGACAAAUAAGAAGCAUACUAUGUAAAAACGGGUAUCCUAACAAAAUAAUAGAAAGCUUACUAACAGCAGCAGCAAACAAAAUCACAUGUAAAAGUGGCAAUACAAAAACAAAGGAAGACAAUUGCAAAAUAUAUACAGGCGUCACAUAUAUACCUAAACUUACGGACAAUAAAACACUACGCAAAAUUAUUAAAAACAACAACGUAAGCUAUGCACAUAAACCACAUCACACUAUCCAAGCCAUUUAUACUAAAACAAAAGAUAAAAUUGGUAAGGAACAACUACACAAUGUAGUCUACGAAAUAAAAUGUCAAGGCAAAGAAGGAGAAAACUGCAGCAAGGUUUACAUUGGCACAACGAAGAGAUCGCUUGGAACGAGAAUCAACGAACAUAAGCUAGACGCCAAAAACAACAAGAGUACCACAGCAUUAGCGCAACACCUGACGGAAAACAAACAUACAGCUGAUUUUGACAAUGCAAAGGUUAUGUUGUGAUAAUUUUAUUGCUUAACAUUAAAACUCCCUGAAGAAGACGCGAAUAUGCGUCGAAACGCGUAGGAGAAGAAGUAAACACUUGUUUUAUUCAAUAUAACCGGCCAAAAAGCUCCAAACCCAAUA